AUGCCUCGAGACAGUCUGAUCACCUCUGAGGAUGACAUUGACAUUGGACUGGAUUUCACAGGCGACGAGGAUGAAGAGGGAGAUGAAAGGGGAAGACGCAAAGGGAAAAGAAAAAACAGUGACAGAGAGAAAAGGAAGAGGGGAAGAGCGAGAAGAAAAGGUGCAUCUAGAGCAGGAGAUGGAGAGGAGAGAUCAGAGGUCAGGCGCGAGAAAAGAGAACGGGGCAGGAGAAGAAGAGCAAAAGAUAACGAUGAAGCAGAAGGAAUAGAGAAGGAGGAGGAGACGCAAACGAGUGGCAAGGUGGCAAAAAAAGGGAAGAAUAUCAAAAAUAAAAAAACUCGAAAAAUGGAGGAGGAAGAGGAUGAGGAAGAAGAGAGAAUUGAAAAGAGAAAAAAGAAACGUGGAAGCACCAAAAAAGAGGAGAAGGAGAAUGUAGCUAAACAUAAGGUAAAGGAGAAAACUCAGGGAGUGAAGAGGAAAAAGAGCAAGAAAGUUGUUGAAACAAGUUCAGACCAGGAAACAAGUGAAGAAGAGGACAACGAGGAAGAAGACAAGAAGGAACAACCCAAUGAGGACAAAGAGUGGAGGCCAGAGUGUCUUACACCGGAGCAGCUGGAGCAGCUGAAGGAGGCUGUGGAUGAGAGGAAGAAACUGAUCCAAAGUCUGAGGGGAAAACCCUGGCCAAUGAAAAAGAAACUUGUCACUUUACGGGAGUCUCAAGAGUUUGUGGAGAAAUAUGAGGGAGCCUUGGGCAAAGGGAAAGGCCGGAAGCUCUAUGCAUACAAAGUCAUGAUGACUAAGAAAUGGAUGAAGUUCCAACGGGACUUUGAAAACUUCAAAACUGCCUGCAUCCCGUGGGAGAUGAAAAUAAAAGAGAUUGAAAGUCAUUUUGGGUCAUCGGUUGCCUCGUACUUUAUUUUCCUGAGGUGGAUGUAUGGCAUCAACAUGAUCUUGUUUGGUUUGACCUUUGGACUCGUUAUGGUACCAGAGGCCUUAAUGGGACGUCCUUAUGGUAGCAUCCCAAGAAAGACUGUCCCCAGGACUGAGGAGACCAGCGCUAUGGACUUUGCUGUUCUAUGGGACUUUGGGGGCUAUGCUAAGUAUUCAGUCCUCUUCUAUGGCUACUACAACAACCAGCGAGCCAUUGGCUGGCUUAAGUUCCGUAUGCCUUUGUCGUACUUCCUGGUUGGUGUGGGUACAGUGGCUUAUAGCUAUAUGGUGGUCAUAAGAACGAUGGCCCGCAACGCAAAUGAAUCUGGGGUUGGAGAUGAUAACAGCUUCAAUUUCAGCUGGAAGAUGUUCACCAGCUGGGACUACCUGAUAGGAAACCCUGAGACUGCAGAUAAUAAGUUCGCCUCCAUCACCACAAGCUUCAAGGAGGCGAUCUUAGAAGAGCAAGAGAGCCGCAAAGAUGACAACAUCCACCUGACUCGUUUCCUGCGGGUGUUAGCCAACUUCCUGGUGUUGUGUUGUUUGGCAGGAAGUGGGUACCUCAUCUACUUUGUAGUGCGCCGCUCUCAGAAGUUUGCCCUAGAUGGACUGGAUAAUCACACCUGGUGGGAAAGGAAUGAGGUGAAUAUGGUGAUGUCUUUGCUGGGGAUGUUCUGCCCCAUGCUGUUUGACGUCAUCAGCACCCUGGAAAACUACCAUCCCCGCGUCGCCCUGCAGUGGCAGCUGGGUCGCAUCUUUGCCCUCUUCCUGGGAAACCUCUACACCUUCAUCAUCGCACUCAUGGAUGAGAUCAACCUUAAAAGGGAAGAAGAGAAGAUAGUCAAGUUUAAUAUAACCAUGUGGGAGGACAGUUUUUAUAAUGGCACAGUAUUGGAAAACAGCACCGCACCGCCCAUGACUAUCCACCCUGCUGAUGUGCCCAGAGGGCCCUGCUGGGAGACCAUGGUGGGGCAGGAGUUUGUCCGGCUGAUCAUAUCUGACACCAUGACAACCUACAUCACACUGCUGAUUGGUGACUUCCUGAGAGCUGUUCUUGUUCGUUUUCUCAACUACUGCUGGUGUUGGGACCUUGAGGCUGGAUUUCCUUCCUACUCUGAGUUUGAUGUCAGUGGGAACGUUCUGGGCCUGAUCUUUAAUCAAGGAAUGAUAUGGAUGGGUGCUUUCUACGCCCCUUGUCUGCCUGCUCUGAAUGUCCUCCGGCUCCAUGUGUCCAUGUACCUGCAGUGUUGGGCAGUGAUGUGCUGUAACGUGCCCCAGGAGCGGGUCUUCAAGGCUUCUGGCUCCAACAACUUCUACAUGGCCAUGUUGCUAGUCAUCCUCUUUCUGUCCACUCUGCCUGCCAUCUACACCAUCGUCUCCAUCCCCCCCUCCUUCGACUGUGGACCGUUCAGUGGCAAGAACCGUAUGUUUGAUGUGAUACAAGAGACUCUGGAGUCCGACUUCCCUGCCUGGUUUGGUAAAGUGUUCAGCUACGCCUCUAACCCCGGGCUGGUGCUACCCUUCAUUUUGCUUAUGGUGCUGGCCAUUUAUUAUUUGCAAUCCACAUCCAAAAGCUACAAGGAAGCUAACGUUGAGCUGAAGAAAAAGCUACAAACGCAAAAUGAGGAAAACAAGAAGAAGAACAAACGUGCAGCACUAAAGGCGCAAAUGGAUCUAGAGGAAGCAAGAAAAGCAGCAGCACAGUCAUCAGAGCAACAAAAGAACAACAACGCUUCCUUACAAGGUAGAGAGUCUGAUGUUGAAGAAAACCACGGCCGCACUCAGAGGUUGUGUCACGGUAAGAACAGACACAACCCUCCUCCCCCUGCUGGAGAGCGAGAGCGACACCUGGCCACCAGAGGCCCCGUUCCUAGAACAUAUCACCAUGGCAACCACCACGGGGCUCCUGGGCACCUGCCUGGUUUCUCGGGUGAACCCAGGAUGCACAGGGCACCGAGCCUCCAGAGACACUGACAAAAUGAAAACAAACCCCCGAACUACGCACUUUACUAAGAAAUGUGUGUUGACCUGCGAGUAAAGAGUAGGCUUACUCAAUGACAGGUAGUACACAUAUAUUUUCUCUUUUGCAGUGAGUAUUUAUGAUAACAUUAAUUAAU